GAAUAAUGAGGUGCUUUCAAAAAACUUUAAGUUGUCUUGCUUUGAAAGGUUUUUGAUGAAUAUCGACUAUAUAAUUUCUUUCAAAUCCUUGGAAGACUUCAUAUCUGGUUGUAUGCAUGAUUUUAGUUUAAAGGACUGCAUUCUCACUGUUCUCAAUCUUCGAAAACAAGUGUAUGUCAGUAGCAGCUUAAGGCUGAUAGGUAAUGAAUGUGUCAGGGAAGAUACAAUAAAUUUUUCUAGAAUUGACCGUGUCCUGUCAAGUCGAAGAUUUUCUAGUCUAUUCUCAGCACAUCUGCUAUGGUUUUACUUUUUCGUAUCCAGAAAGAUAUCAUGUAAUGAACAAAAUUUCCUAACGUUGAAAUUCCACACUUCUGUUGUUGCUUGUAAAGCACUCCACUUUUGCGGUUGCACUGAAGCGUCUGAGGCCUUAGCAAGAAAAUCGUUAGUUGACUUGGCUGAGUUAAAUCAAUUAAAUAAUCAGAAGAAAUGUUUGCUAUCAACUGAAUAUAUGGCUGCAUUUCAUUUAGCUACUAUUGAACUAUCUUCAAUGGUAUUUAAACGAUCAGUUUUUGAGUCACGUAAACGUCCACAAGGUUACCUUCGGCCUAAAGUAAAAGUGGAAUUUGCAACAAUUUUGCAACAUUCUUGGCCUAGAACACAAACUGAACGUUAUUUGUGUCAAUUACUUCCUAGUUCAUCAGCUCAAAUUUUAGCUAUUCUCGAGGCGUUAAGCCUAAAUCCUGGAGAAAGGAGAAGCCUUGUGACUCCAAAACCACCUGUAGAUCCAUCAGAUUGGGAAAUGUCAGAAGUUUAUUGUGAACUUUUUAUUGCAGCAUUUGAGCUCAUCUACCCUAAUUCUUCUAAAAAAUUGGUGUCAAACUUUAUGUCUGGAACACGUGUAAUGCGGAAAAUACCAGCAGACAGUGAAAGAAAUUCAGAUAGUUUAAUUAAUCACACAAUCGCUUUGGACAAUCCAAAGUAUCUGAAGUGGAUGCAAUUGGAUUUAGUGCGUCAUCAAUGCCAUUACAAAAAUUCUGUUGAAGGAGGUGAUUCAAAUACCGACAAAUCAAUAGCAUCUUCAAAUGCAGUGAUGACUGCCAGCUGUACAAUAGACAGUGUGAUGAAAUUGAUUCAAGUUCUUUAUGCCUGUGCUCAAUAUGACAUUUUUGAUUUUAUGUCAAGAGAAACAUUAUCUCUAUUUCAAAAAAAAUUGUCAGAAAUGAUCGAAGAACAGUCACCCAAAGAAUUUAUACAGUUUAUUGAAGCACAAAUUGAAACCCUGGAAUUGCUUCGCGCUAUGCAUUCAGCACAUCUAUCCAAAAGAACACUUACAAAGAAUGAGACUGCCGAAGAGUUGAAUAUAUCAGAAAGUCAGACUGUUAAUUUAAAUAAAAACGUUGUUCAACAAGAGACAUCAAAUUUAGUGAUAGGUUCUUUGGAAAGUGAUAAAGAAACGAAUCCAAAUCGAAUGACUCCACUAGGCUUCUUACCAAAAGGAAUUUUAAAGUUAAUUCAAAAGUUAGAAAAUAUAAUUCAUAAAGGCGAUCAAAUUACAAUCACUUUGUACGAUACGGGAAUUCUUGUUGACGUCAUUCUAGUACUAUGGGAAUACUGUCACACACUAUGUCAAAAGUGGUACAUACAUAGCAGAAUAAAACCUGAAUAUUUCGAUAAGAAUAAGAUAAACUUUAUUGGACUUCUUUAUAUGUUAAGUCUGAUUAGAGCCACACUGGAAUUACUGAAUAUUGAGGUAGCUGACGCAUUGAUGUCCUCGAAUAUUACAUUCUACACUUUAUGGAUUAUGGAAUUAUUCGAGCAGAGGAUAUUCACAUUACAUAGAUCACAGGAGACAACUGGUAGACAAACACUUUUGGAUGGUGUGAAUAUCAGUGUUUUAUUGAGAGUAUUAAACUUACAAAUAAAGACGAAUGAUUUUCAGGCCUUUAAAGAGUUCACUGGAAAUGAAAAGCCCACUGUAUGUACAAUUGAUAUAUGGACUAAUGUUUGGAUGAAAAUGAAAAGUAUAAUUAAUUGGGCACGCGAAACAAUUAGCGAAAGAAUGAUGUAUCUGCAGAUGAAUCAUACUCACAACUUGGAGAUUAAUGGUCUGUCAGAAAUACAAGUAGAACUACUUUGGUUCGAACACAGUAUUCGUUGGAAACUUAGGAAUCUAGAAUGGUUAUCUUGGUGCGAUUCAAAUGAUCUAACAAAUGAUAAAGCAGAUAAGAAAAACGAUGAAAUCAAUGAAAAUCUACUCAAACAGUGUGGCCGAAAUUUUAUUUCAAAAGUUUUUCACUACUGUCUAAAAGCGGAGAUGGAAGUGAACGAUGAAAAGGCUAAAAAAUAUUAUCAGACUGCUGAAAAAUUACUAUUCACUAAAUGGCAGAAUGAAACUUACCCUUUGAAAACCAAUGAACAUAGGUAUACUCAAAUCUCAAAUGACUUCAAUGAGUCACAGGAGUUAAGUAGAAAAUCAAGAAGCGAUGCUGUGAAGUCCGACCGACCACCUCCACCCUUAUUGGUUACAAAAUCUGGGAAAUCAAUGGUGUUUAAAACACAAGACUGGAAACCAUCUACUGGAGAAUCGGUUCACUUCUAUGCAAUCUAUGGAAAACAAACAUUUGUAGCUAAUCAGAAAGUUCAUAUUACUGACAAUAAGCUAACUAAUACAGGAGUUAUGGUGGUCAGCAACAAUGGUUCUUGUAUCAUAAAAGUAACUGACCUGACUCCAAAUGAGGAAUAUGCGUUUGCAGUUGCAGCUUAUAAUGAAAAAGGCGAACCAUUAGGUUCACAUAAACUUGGUUUAGGUUACAGUACAAAACCAAUACUGGCAAGUAGUUCAUUAUGCUUUUACACAGCAUUAUGUCAUAUGAUACAGUCGGCAUGUCGACGUAAUCUACUAUCUUGUCUUAAUGAUCAAACAAUGAACGUAUUAUGGGAAUAUUUAACUGAACACAAUGAUAAAUCGGACGAUGAAAAAGUAACUCACUUAACUGGUUUAAAAAUGAAAGAUUCAGAUACUUUUCAUUGUUCAAGCAUACUAUUGAAACAUCUUGCAACUUGUAUUCUAUGGCAGUGUUCAUUUAUUCAAAAGACUGAAGAUUUUGAUUCAAAUAAUUCUAGCAAUAAAGUCUAUUUACUGAGCACGCAGAUUCAAAAAAUCCAUUUGUCUGAAAAGCUGAUAAUCGGUUUAGAAUUGAGCGCCAAACUAAAUGAUGUCCAACUUUUGAUAGAUUUUGCAAAUUUAAUCUAUCAAAUAUUGAGCUACAAUAUAGAGAUGGGUUCUGUGACAACGGAUUAUGCCAAGAUACUACUGAGAUCAAUAACCAUACUUCUUGGUGUUAGAAAAUACUCUAAAAAUUUAAUAUUACUCGAUGACUCUCUAAAUUGGAAGCUUACACAAAUGAUAAUUAAAUUCACGUUUGGAUGUAUUCAAGUCCUUGAAACACUGAAUGAAUUAAAAGGAAUUAUUGCAACUUUAAAAAUUGUAAAAACAGUUUUAAAUCAAAUAAUAAAAGAUAUGAAGCCAACAAUGAAUCAGAUGACGAGAAAACGAAUUUCACAAGUAAAACUGAACUCAAAAUUUGGACGUAGACAGUCAAUGCAGAAUUCAGAUGAGCUGGACGAACUUUUGUCAGUUGUUAAGGCAUUGGAUGCUCACUCUUACUUGAUAACUGCUAAAUUAAGUGCUCCAAGAGUUGAGUUAUUUGGUUACGAAGAGCCAUAUCAAGCAGUCGCAUGUAUAGCUACAAAGCCACUUAAAACAUCAUUAAAAGACGUAAUGAAGUUCAAUCGCCGCACAAUAUUCCUACAGUUAAUAAAUAUACUUGUAGAAAGGAUAAAUUCAAAUCAGAUAGAUUUAAUUCAACCACUCAUUAACGAAACAAAAGUAUGGUUGAAUCAUCGUGAUCAAGUUCUAGUAAAAGCAUGCCAGUCUUAUGAAUAUACAGAAGUUGUCAAAAUCAAUGAUAAUAUGAAUGCUACAAAUUUGGAUAGAUCAAAAUUGACGCUUUCAUCACAGCUUCAGGAAAGCGACGGACAAGGAACAACUAAAACACCAUCUCGAGUGCUAACCAAUAGGAAGGAAAUCAGUCACCUGUGCAGUUUACUGACCGAAUAUUACACACGUAAGGCUAGACGCAGAAGACUAAGAAAUAUAUGUCAAGAGGAGUGGAUACAACGUUCACAGUUUAGUCUUCUGCAAGCAAGAAUUGAACAGUAUGAACUAUGGAGGAAAUGGCGAUCGAUUACUAUGCAUAGUGAAAUACUAACGAAAAAAAAACAGGUGGAGUGGUACACAUACUAUAGAGAUAAUAUUAUAAUUGACUAUGAUCAAUCGCUAAAGGACAGCUUCGAAAAUAGGCCCAUUCGGAUGAACUUACGGAAGUCAGUAAUUAACAUUGACAGGAAGAAAUUUGACAGACUGGCUUUUAUAAUACCUCAAGGAAGCAAUACAGCAACUUAUGAGGCGUCUAAAGCGUUAUAUGAUUAUUCAGGAUCACUUAACUGUGAACCUACAGUUGAUGCUUUACAGUUUGGAAAAGAGGAUGAUAAACAGUGUCUGAAUAACAAAAUAGAACAUGGGAAUAAUGAAGGUUUUAUUGAUACAUUCCUUGUGAUUAACCUGACAAAUGACAUCCAAAGAAUAUUUGACCUACUAAAACGAUCGACCAAUUUAGCCUACAGAGGUGAAUGCUGGCCUAAACUGUAUGAAACCGCAAGAUAUUGUUGGAAUGUAACAGCAUUAAUAAGUAACUUACUGUGCACACUAUCAGCUUGGUGUAACAAAUCAAAUAUACGUAGGGAGACAGAAGUGAAACUGGAAGGAAAGUUGAAAGCUUCGAGUAAAACCGUACGUAAAACAGGGAAUACAGAAAAUGUAAAAUGUUCAACUCAUACACAGCUGUUUGGUACGUCGGUUCAAGAAAUUAUGGAUUAUUUGAACCAGUAUACUAACCGUAGAGCAUUAGCAAACGUUGCAUGGUCUUGUUGGUUUAUGUUGACAGAUAAUAUGAUAGACAACAUACAAGCUUUGUUAAAUAAUAACGAUAAUAUUAACCAUCAUGAAAACGUUUCGAGGAAGACUGAAAAAAAUGUGGAAGGUUUUCAUGAAAACUGUUUCAAAUUUUGGCAACCUGAAGAGACAAACAAAGAAUAUGAUAUUGACUGGAAUUGGUUGCAUAAAUUCAUUUUGAAAGGGCUAGAAAUUUUAUGCCGUGCUUCUAAAUGGGAACAUCUCAUACAUUUAGGCUUAAAAGUUGUAGGCAUUUUAGGAAAACGCUGGACAUCAAGUGUUUUACCUUUGGUUAUCUUUGGACAAAUGCAAAUAUUAAAGCGUUUGAAGAAAGAAGAGAAUCUGCCUGUUAAAAGUGAUGCUUUAUCAAGGAAUAUUAAGCCGUGGGAUUUGGAUUUCAAAAAUCCACUUGUUCGUUCACAAAUGCAGUUAUAUUCAGCUUGGUAUCAUUUUAAUAUUUUACCGCUAGAACAGAAUCUAUCGUCCAGUGUAACAAGUCCUGGAACCUCUAACAAUGACAAAGAAUUACUACAAAAUGCGUUCGUUAUGUCGCUUACGCCUAAGGAGUACACAGAAUUGAUGAAUCAGUUCAAAACCUUCAAAAGUGUUACAAAUCACUGGAAAAAUGACACUAAAACUGAUACAGUUAAAACCAUCAAUUUUGAUUGGAUUGACUGUAAGGAGAAAAAGAAAGAGGAUGUGAAGGCUGAUAAACCAAAAAUGUGUAUGAAUGGUUGGCUUAUACCACAAGGUUAUCUGAGGGAGAAAUCGCAGCAUUCCAAUUCAGACAAGAUUAAACCACCAUUAGAAGAAGAAGUUGCACUCCAUAAUAUAUCAGUUCCUUUAAACACGGAGACCUUACAGAAUGAAUUAAAGGAGUCAAGGUGUUUACAUUAUCCAGGAAUUUUAAAACUGUUAGAUGAAGCAAGACGGUAUAAAGCGCUUUAUGUCUAUCUUAUCUCGCUUCCCUUGGAUGAAAACUACGCAGCAAAAUCCGCAAUUGAUUUCGAAACUAACCUUACCACUGAAAUAAUACAUCUGUUGGACAGAAAAUGUGAGGAAGAUCAAAGCACUUUGUUUGUUACAAAUACAAGUCAACGUUUGGACAAGAAAACAUACCAAAACCUUUUCGAUCAUUCUUUAAAACAGUAUAACAGAACUUUGGAACUGUUACAAUCGUAUGAGAAUAACUUGCAAGAAAUAAUGAUUCGAUUCGAACUGUUAAAUUUCUGUUUGGAAGUUAAUCAAAUGAAAAGAGCCACACAACAAGCCUUAUUGAUAUUAGAUAUUCUAUUCGAUCAAAAGACCACAAUUGAAAAUUUCGAUGCUUCACUUAAUUAUAAUAUAAAUGACUGUAAGGUGAAUGGUGAUAUAGAAAAUACAGUGAGUAAACAUUCUUCCAGAAUCAUUCAAAAGUUUGGUAUCACUGGUUGUCUGAUUGGUGCUCUAGUAAUAGGAUUAUUGAGCGAACAUCAUCUUGUUUCUGAAGAUCAGUGCUGCAGAAGUCGUAGAAUCAGCGUGAUUUUAUUUAAAUCAAUAUUACACGCUAGUUUACCUUGCGCAACAUCUGAUUUCACUUACUGUUACAAACACAUACCCAGCCAGUCAUUGAAGAUAUUAAAUUUGGAGAAGAUAUUAACAGAAAACUGUUUUAGUCCAAAUAUUGUUAUCAAAGUCAUGGGUGAAACAAUAAGGCAUUUAGUAGAUUACGAGAAUUACAUAGAAGCAUUUCCUAUAAUUUACUUGAUGUAUUACAUCAGUAAACAUCUAUUGCAAGAUUUGCAACUUGAGAUAAAAUCAAAAUUAUUGCGAAUUAAAUGUCUUGUCGGUAUUGGUGCACUGAAACAAGCAUUAACUGAAAUAUGCUCUAUUCUACAAGAACAAAGUGAUGAUAGUAAUACACAAGAAUGUCAGAUCUCCUUAAUUAAUUUUGAUGACGCCAGGAUACAAGAUAAUUUAAAUAUUCUGUUGACACACAGAUUGUCGAAUGAGAUAAGUGAGAAAUGGGGUGCACUGUUGUUUUGUGAAGUUCAACUGGUUCGUGCACUAGUCUGUUAUGAAAUCGCUCAAUCUAUAUCAUAUUUACCGAAGAAAAUUCCAAAUGAAAUUCAAAAUCUACCGUACAAUCCUGUUGGCAAUCAAAUGGCAAAAUCAAGUGGUCGAAAAACCAAGACUCCAGCCCCUCAAAAGUUUGUUCAUUUUAUCUACGAAACAGAGGUUAACGAUCAAAAAAAUCAUUCCAAUUUUCAGUCAUAUCUUAAAGAGUUACUUUUCAUCUGUGCAUCUGACAUUUGUCAAAUACUAACUAACAGUAUUCAUGAUCACUGUUUUCAAAGUAUGGAUUAUCCAUUUCUUUCAUUAUGUUGUGAAGCAAGUUUUCUACUUGCUAAAUUGUUGAGGUCAAGACAUCAAGCACGUUCAGGAUCACUGCUUAUGGCUUAUACAUUGCAUUCUAUUCAGAAAUUAUUUAAUCCUCUCGAUAAUGCUGAAAUUUAUAAAAUAUCAUGUCGUCCAGAAAGUUUGACAGAGAAGACACCGAGCGAAAAAGAAAUUGUUAAGCUUUGGUUACAAUGCCGGGCUGAAUUAGCUCGAUGUCAAAUGUGCGAAGUCGAUACAGGAAGAUUAUUUACAGAACUCCCUGAAACUGAAAACGCCGAAAUACCAAAUGAAUACGAUAAUCUGAAUAAGGCAUUAGAAGAAUUGGAGACCAAAAUGUAUAAGCAUUGUUGGAACGAAUUGAGCUUAUUAAAAUAUCAGUUAAUAUUCAUGCGAAGUGGAACGUUAAAUAAAGAAUGCAGAAAUAUCCUGUUAGGUGAUUUUGAUCUUUCGCUGAACCUAAACGACUUACAUUUCUAUGGGAUUCUGCUCAAAAAUGACUUAAUUAUACAAGAAAAUUUCCAGUCAAACAUGUUACUGAAGAGCAGUACUCUUUACAGUGUCUUGGGUGAGAGACUAAAUGUACUUCUGGGCUUACAUGAAAUAUUGAUAGGAAAGUUGAGAAAAUGUGGAGAAAACAUCUGCCGAAAAUCAGUGCUUCAGUUUAACGUGUCACAAGUCAGGCUGCCUCAUUAUAAAAACUGGAAACACUUUAUUCAAGUUGGACUGAGAAUAGCAAUGAUUCUCUUAUCUUUUGGUGAUAUGAAAUACUUCCAUCCGACGCGUUCAGAACCAAGUUCUACAAAAUAUGAAAAGUUUGACAAUAUCAGAGCAUUACAUGUAUUGCAGUCUAGUUCUGUUGAAAUUUACGAGGAAGCCCAUAGAUUUCUCUGUUGUAUACAAAACAUAACUGAAAAACUUCCAUCAAACAAUCCAUGCAUGGAAAGUGAAAUUUUAUUCAUUAAAGGUCAUUUGGAGAUGAGACUAUAUUUGGAAGAUAAAAUCGACUGGAAGAGACCUUCAGAAUCAUGGACGCGUUCUGUUUGCAUUUCUGCCUAUGUUACUGGUGAUAAAUUCUUUCAACACCGAGUUCAAAAUGUGCUUGCUUAUUUUUGGCAGUUGGUAGUUAUCAAAAGUGGACGUCAAAAUUUAAAUCUCGUAGAUGGACAACAAGCAGCAGACAAUAAAGUAAAAUCCAUUCAUCUGAAGAAGCAAAUUCAACCAGUGGUAUCAGCUGAUAAGUUCAAAGCAAAUGACUCAACAGAUUCAUUCGUUAUAUCUGUAAAUGCAUCAAUCUGGAACUCAGCAAAUAUGGUAAAUUCUUUCUUAUCUGAUAGCAGACAUCUCUGUUUACCAUCAUCCGCUGCCAAAUCUACAGACGCAUAUCGAUCUACAGGACGAAAUAUUCGGAAGAAAUCCAUAACUUCAAAAAUACCUAAAGCUGAAAUAUUACCAGGUUCCACAGAAGAUAAAGAAUUCUUGAAGAACUUUCCAAUAAUACAUCAGUUUGAUUUAGUGGCACAAAAAUGUUUGGAUUCUAAACCAGUACUUUUAGCCGACGAUAUUGAAUGUGAAAUAAUGAAUGUAAUCACAAAUCCCAAACCCUUUGAGCAACCUUUCGAUUAUAUUAAAAACCAAAGUGAAGUCAACGAGUAUUGGAAUUCACUAUUCAGUCUUACAUCAAAUGAUAAUGAAAAUGAUCAAGUUAUUCCACAGGUAUCAGAUAUGAAGACAACAACAAUAACAACCGAUACUAAGCUAACACAUUUGAAUCUGGUUACACUCAAGUUAUACCAAUCAAUUUUGUACGAAUAUUUACUCAAUGUGAAGCAGUCUUCAAAUCAGAAUGAUGAAGAUUUGGACAGUUCAUGUGAACACAAUAUUGAUGUCUCUGUAGAACAAGAAUACCAGAGUCAAUUUUCAAUAAGAGAUCUAUUGACACCUCUGAAGCCAAUACCAUACUAUUCACAAGAUGCAGAAUAUUGGUUCCAACGCUUUAUAUCACUUCAACUUUACCUAUAUCAAAUGAGCGAAACAACUGAAGGUGAAUCUCUGGACAGCCUGCUGACUAACACUAAAUUCACUUGGUGUCAUCAGCAAACGGAUGGAAAAAUUGAUGAAAAUCAAAUUCACUCUAUCGUUUCACCAUACAGCAUACAUUUUGAACCUAAAACAGAAGUUAUGUUAAGAAAUGAGAAAAAUCGCAGAGCGAUUAAACCAAUACAACGGUUAUUGUUGCAAACGUUAGACAACUUUGAAGGUGAUAAUUCUUUCAGUAAACAUCUAUGGCUCCUUAUCAGUUACUGUCCACAUAAUAUGAAACUUGAAGUUCAACAGUAUCAAAAUCGUUUAAUUUUACUUAAUGACAAAGAAGAAUUUUUCAAGGCUAUUGAGCAGUUCAACACACUGAUGAUAAAAUAUUCUACAGCUAAUAUUCUUUCAGAUAAAGAAAAAGCAGAGGUGAAUAUCAAAAGCACAUCAGUGAAAACCUCUUCAGUUAAACGAACAGAAAAGCAAAUUGAUCCAGACUCUGCAAACCAGUUUAGCCAGGAGUUGCAAAAUGAAUUUGGUUUAUGGUUAGAAAAAUUCGAUACAAUUCUUCGAUCUGGGAAGAUUUUGAAUACUAAUACUUCACUUGAUAAAGGAUCCAUACAGUUUGGUUACAUUAAUCCUAAUGUUUCAUUACCAACAAUUCAACCAAGUGAUGAUGUUUUCAACGUUUUGAAGGAAAUAAUUUCAUGGAGAUAUUUUGGUGGCACCAUAGUGAAAUCAAAGUUGAAGGAAUAUAUUUUAAUGUUAUAUCGUUUUAAUGAAUGAAUACGAUUCACAACAUACUCAAUGGAUUCAUCAUCAUAGGAACAAUUCAAUUAGCUCGUUUUGCAUUACAA